AAAUUGGUUAUAAAUUAAUUUAGUGGAUGAAGAUAAGCGAAAAGAGAGGUAUAUCGGUUAAGCGGCAAGUAAUAAGGAUCAACCAUUAAUCAGGAUUAAUUAACCUCUCAAUAAAGGCCUAUAAAAGGAGAAUUAGCUGAAACAUUUGGUGAAUAUUGUUGCUGUUUGGAUGCAUGGCUGUCUAAAACAAAAAAGCAAUAAAACAAAUACAGCCUCCAUGCAAAUUGCAAUUUUCAAUAAUCAAUAAUACUUGCCAUCUCCUAGCUUUAAAUUUGUAAUUCUAGCAUCAUAUAAAUUUUUUAAAAAUUAAAGAUGGCAGAUCCAGACACUAUUAGAACAGUUGUAGGAAUUAUCGGUAAUGUCAUAUCUUUCUUCCUCUUCUUGUCCCCAGGGCCAACAUUUGUGAAAAUUUUGAAAGCAAAGUCAGUGAUGGAAUUCAAGCCAGAUCCUUAUAUAGCAACAGUUCUGAAUUGUGCAGUUUGGGUGUUUUAUGGCAUGCCAUUUGUUCACCCUGACAGUCUUCUUGUCAUCACCAUUAAUGGAUUUGGUCUUGCUAUUGAGUUGCUCUAUGUCUCAAUCUUCUUCAUCUACUCCGAUUGGUCUAAGCGCCAAAAGAUCAUAAUUGCUUUGAUUGUUGAAGCAGUCUUCAUGGCAAUCCUCAUCUUUGUUACACUAACAUUCCUCCAUGGCACCAAGGAUAGAUCAAUGCUUAUCGGAAUUGUGGCUAUAGUCUUCAAUGUCAUCAUGUACACCUCACCACUGACCGUCAUGAAGAAGGUGAUCACCACCAAGAGUGUAAAAUACAUGCCAUUUUACUUGUCACUAGCAAACUUUGCUAAUGGCAUUGUUUGGGCAUGCUAUGCACUCCUCAAAUUUGAUCCCUAUAUCCUGAUCCCCAAUGGAUUGGGUUCAUUGUCUGGAUUAGUGCAGCUGAUCCUCUUUGCAGCAUUUUACCGCACUACAAAUUGGGAUGAGGAUGAAAAAGAGGUUGAACUAAGUACUUCCAAAUCCACCAAGUCAGAUGUCUGAUAAACAAAAUUGCAGAGAUGAAACUCCCACACUGUUUUCUAAGUGUGUAUAUAUAUAUGUGGUGUGAUAAAGAGAGAAAAAGAAAAAGAAAAAGUCUACCAUUUUAACAGUAUACUCUGAUGUAUUUACCCUACAUUUUCACUUUAUUUCAUUAAAGCAAAUCAGUUAAUAUAUGCAUGAGAUCUCCUAUUGUAGACAUCUUUUUCUUAUGGCAAGAGUUGAUCAUCUCA